ACGAAUAAUCUCUAAAAAAUACCUGGAAUUACACAGCGGUUGCUACAGAUCUUUGUCCGAGCUUAAUAUGUUUGGUUAUGGUAGUAGAUUUCAAGGAAAAAAGUUAUAGAUCUUUGACAAUCAUGAAGACAGAGUAUUCGAGGCGAGGACUGAACUGUUUAUAGUCUUUGAUUGCAUUAGGAAGAUAUCGCACCGACUGAUCAGAGCAUUUCAGUUCAUAUUGGAAUACGAUACAAGUCAAGUGAAGGCUUUAUGGAUUUUCUCGAACGUUUUACAUACGAGCAUGUCAAUUUCAUAUUUUCUGCUGCUACAUAUCCUCAGGAGAAUGCAAACUCUACAAUUAAUAUGAAUGCGUAUAAGUUUGGGUAUUCUGGACCUAUGACAUCCUCAUACUACGACUACGGUGAUGCUUAUGCGAUUAAUGAUUGGACGAGGGGGAAUAAUGAAUAUACUACGCAAUUGAACGUUUCUUCGACCAUGGUUAAUGAGAGGACAACAUCUGAACAUACACAAGAUGGACAAGCAAGCUUGAGUUUUCAUGCUAAUCCAGCAGAGUGUGUGGAGAGUAAUCAUAAUCCUAUUCCUGGUGAAUAUCAGGUUGUUGAUCCUGAUAACAUGACUUACGAGGAAUCGGUGGAGUUAGAUGAGAUUGUUGGAAGUGAAAGCCGUGGUCUAUCUCACGAGGCUAUUUCCUUGCUCCCCAUUUCAAGGUUUAAAUGUGGCUUCUUCUUGUGGAGAAAGAAAUCAAGAGAUGAGAGGUGUGUGAUCUGUCAGAUGGAAUAUAAAGGAGGUCAGCGCCAGAUUACUCUUCCUUGCAAACAUAGAUAUCAUGGUGCCUGUGGCAGUCGAUGGCUUAGCAUCAACAAGGCAUGUCCCAUUUGUUACAAGGAUGUGCAUGUUCAUAUGUCAAAAAACAUGAAGAACGGAUUUAACAAGACAAUGUAAAAAAGGCUAGUGCGUUCUUUGCAUUCGCAUCUCAAAUCAAUGUUUUAGUUUUCUUUUUCAUACUUGGAUUUUAUUUCAUUGGAAUUUUCCUAUAGAAAACUAAUUAAUGACAGGUUGUACAUGUAAAUGA